AUGCCCCCACCGUCAGACAACAACAGUACGAACUCGAACAACAACAACAACGGUUAUCAUAACCAAUAUAAUGCAUACUCUCAGAUCCCCGUCGAUGUGGGUAAAAUAGUCGCAGAUGUGAGGAAUAGCGUUGAAUCGGCUAUGAGGAGUGUGCCGCCCAUGAAUAUGGGAUUUUGGGGUGGACCGCCGUGUCCUGGCCACCAUGCCGCUCCCGCUUGGUCGCCUUUUGGCGGCGGCGGCGGCGGUAGCAGUAACGGCAGUGAGAGUGCGAGACCAACGAUACCAGCUUUUCCGAAGGAUGAUGAGAUUGUGGUCCAAGUCUGGACUCAGGCUAUUAAGAACUCGUUCAAUUUGAAGAAGUCGGUGUCGAUAUCUACUAUGUCAGGCUCGAUAAAGGCAGAUAUCGUACCCUCCCCGACCCCUAGUACCGAACUAUUCAGAAAAUUGACCACCCAAACAAAUACCGGCUCACAACAUAUCACCAUCUCCACCUCCCUCGGCCCAUUCAUGCUAGACUCGUCACAUACGACAAUGACGGGUAGCAUAAAGGCCAUAUACCCGGACGAUUGGUGUGGUACGAUUGAACUAUCAAUAACCCACGGGUCAUACAAACUUGGUGAUGCGGUGGUAGUAAGAGAUGUUGUGAACCAGAAUACAAGGGAAAGGCAGGUACUUGCGUUAAGAGGGAAUCCGAGAGAAGGGGAGGAGUUUAGUACUAUGAAGGUUACAACUAAAACGGGAAGUGUGGAUGUUAGAUUUGAGAAGGUGCCCGGGCUGAGAAAUUUGACGGAGGAGGAGGUGAGGGCCGAGGAGGAAGAGGCAAGGAAGAGAGGAGGUAUGACAGGGUUUUCGGGACCUACUACCGCUACCGGUGGGAGUGGAAGUGGCGGUGGCGGACAGGGAGGGAAUAAAGAACAGAAGGAGAGGGGAGGACCGGCAGUGUUUAGACCUGGAGAUGGAAGUACUUCGGCGAGUUAUUCAAACCAGCCCCCUCCUCCUCCUCCUCCACCACAACAUCAGCAGCCGCCACCGAAUCAUCAUAAUAACCACCCAGCGGCAUUCGAGCAGAGGAGACAAGUUGUUGAUGAGCAUGACCCGGAUGAUUUACCGCCGUCGUAUGAGCAGAGUGAGCAAGAGAAUGUGCAAAUGCAGGUUGCGGGAAGGGAUUAA